AUGGGAGCGAAGGUACCCAGGAACUUUCGUCUCCUGGAAGAGUUGGAGAAGGGCGAGAAGGGGCUUGGAGCAGAGGCUUGUUCCUACGGGCUGUCGGAUGGAGAUGACCUGUUGAUGUCGAAUUGGAAUGGCACGAUACUUGGACCCCCUCACAGUGCUCAUGAGAAUCGGAUCUACAGCCUGAACAUUCACUGUGGAGAAACCUACCCUGAUACACCACCAACGGUCCAAUUCGUCUCCAAAAUCAAUCUACCCUGCGUUGAUCAGAGGACUGGAAAGGUGGACCCGCAACGAUUGCCAUGUCUGUAUCAGUGGAAGAGGGAGAACACAAUGGAAACCAUCUUGAUCGAGUUGAGGAGAUUCAUGGCAUUACCACAACACAAGAAGCUUCCUCAGCCUCCCGAAGGCUCCACAUUUUGA